CAACUUGCAGAGGAAGAGUGACACUGUAAGGCAAUAAUGGCUUAACAAAGUAAAACCUAGCCAUAGAUUGGCUGCAGUUAUACCUCUAGGUGGCAGCCACUAGUUACUGUCCCCUUUAGUGGAUUGGUGGAGUUAGCCUGUUAUUGUCAUUGAAAUAAGAGGUUAGAUGAAUUCUUCUUUCAGGCUUUGACAUUUGUCCUUGUUCUAUCUUUUUAUUUUCUUUAGUAUUUUUUAAGUGUUCUGUUGCAGUAAUCCACGAUUAUGGUUGUACAUUUUGUCUACUAGCUAUGGGUCUCAGUAAAUUUUGGCCAUAACUGGACUGUGCUGCAAACUGAUGUUAAUCCUCGUUUCUUUUGGGGAGAUAAUGAUUUUGAAAAUGAGGCAACUGUACACAUGGAAAUUCAGCAACAAGCCUCUCAGCAUGCAUUCUACAAAAAGUGCAUUCUACAAAAAAUCAAUUCAAGUUGCCAGGAUGUUGAUGAUACAAUUAGCAGCAGUCUGGGUCCUUUUGUUUCAAGAUCCCUUCUUGUGAUUAAAGAAUACAUCUUUGUACAGAAAUCACAUGCAGAUGGCUCAGACAAUCAUAUGAUGGUAUCUUACAACAGAAGCACUUUCAAGCAUGCUUUGUUUCCAGAGGAAAUAAAGACUAGGGACUUUAUUGUGGUUGAUGCCUUAGAGGGCCAAGUGUUCUUGGCUGUUAGCCAUAGCGGUGUGGGUAGUGCCAGUCUUUAUCUGUCAGAUCCCACAGGCCGUUUCUACAGCCUUAGUUUGCCUAACAUCCACCAUCGUGCCACAGCUGAUUGGUUUGAAGUUGAUCUUCAUCAGGUGGAAGGUCUGCCUGCCACAUACCUGGCUAAUCAGCAGCUAAACACAUCUUUAAGUGAAAGCAAGAAAGUCAGGACUUACAUCAGUGCAGACAAAGGAGGCAGCUGGAGUCUUCUAAAACCCCCAGAUAAUGCACCAUGUCCAAAGAAAGAUGACUGCUCACUAGUUCUUCGACUAGAUAUGGGAAACUACAAUCAAGACUGGAUUCUUUCUCAUGAAGAAGCCCCAGGACUAAUUAUUGCCCAUGGUCAGUUUAGUCAAUAUUAUGAUAUUGAUCCCAAAACAUUGUCAGUGUUUACCAGCAAGGAUGGAGGAUGGCACUGGAUCAUGGCACCAUUCAAAGGGAUUUUCCGAUUCAAUAUUUUAGAUCAAGGUGGAAUUUUGACAGCAAUUAUAGACAGAGAUUAUGGUAUAACCAAUAACGUUCAUUACUCUUAUGAUUAUGGAAAGACAUGGCCAAAUGAAACAUUCAGCAAAGACAAACUGAUGGUGGAUGGAGUAAUAAAUGAACCUAAUAUCAACACUCUGUUGGUUAGUAUUUAUGGACAUCGUCCUAGGUCUUCUCCAUGGAUUAUGGUGCAGCUUAAUUUUUCUGCCGUGUUCUCUCGAAAGUGUAUUGAUUCUGACUAUGUCCACUGGACACCAAGUGAUCAUGACAAUAAUACAGGUGAACAGUGCGUGUUAGGUCUUGAGAUGCAGUAUCAGCGUAGAAAAGAUGAUGCAGUUUGCUUCAAUGGUGAAGAUUACAAACGCCCUGUACAGAAUGUUACUUGCUCAUGUACACUUGAAGAUUUUGAAUGUGACUUUGGAUACAAGAACCUUCUCAAUAAGUGUAUUAAGGAGGACUGGCUUGAUGACAGUUAUCUUGCAAUGGAUUGUGCUUUUGGGAAUUCAGUGAACAAGACCAGGGGUUAUAGGAAAGUUGGAUCUGACAAGUGUGUUGGUGGCAUAGAGAAGACACCUGAUUUCAUUCCACAAAACAUUUCUUGUCCCCUGUGGGCUCCAUACAAACUCCAUCUCAUACCUAACAUUACUGUGGCUGCAACAAAUGCACCUGUUUCUUUCCAUCUGACCCAAGCAAGGGGAUCUAAAGCCAAUACAUCUUACCAGUGGAACUUUGGUGAUGGUAACAUGAAGAAAGUAGUGGGAUUUGAAAGUGCCUCACGCCAGGUUCAUCAGUUUUCCACUCCAGGCAUUUAUGUUGUUAACGUUACUGGGAUAAAUAGCAAGGGCAGCAGUACUUCAGAAAAUGUUGCCAUCCAUGUUGAAAAGCCUAUUCGAGAGCUUACUUUAUUCAGUGCUUCAGAGAUAAAGAAAGGGUAUCUCUUCACAGUGAUUGUUGCUACAGAUGUUGAUCACACCAGUGCCUUUGACAGUUUACACUAUGUGUGGCGUUUUGGUGAUGAAAAAGAAGAAGAAAAUGGAAGGUUGACAUGGGAACCACAGGCAAGGCAUAUGUAUAAUUCAACUGGGGACUAUGUCAUCACUGUUUUUGCUGCUAAUACAGUCAGUACCAAGUCUCAACAGUUUAACGUCAAAGUUUAUGGUAAUGGAUCCAUUGUUCGGCUGAGUUUUUCUGAAAACAUCAACAAAAUAUUUGCUUACCACAAUUUUUCGGCAGUAAUCACAUACCAGUUUCUUGAUAUCUUGCGUCGUGGAAUUGCAAUGGUGGUUGGCGUAGACUACAAUCGACUUUCCAUUUUCCUGUUUAGCUACAAUCCACUCAAGGUUGACCUGAUGGUAGUACCUGCUGACCCAUCAGACAUAAGCGUUAAACAGAUUGUGGCUACAAUACAAGAUAUGGUAAAAAAUGGCACAUUAGUUGUGAAUGAGCCCUUUUUCAAUGCGCUUGGCAGUUUUGUUGUGGUAUCAGCAGUUGACAUUGAAGGUGAUGGGGGUCAUAAUGCUGACUCUCCAAAGGUGCCAAAUUAUCGUGCAGUCUAUAUUGCAUUGCCUGUUGUCAUCUUGACUGCUCUGGUCACUGUCUUGGUACUGAUGUAUUAUCGUAGCCGUUUUCGCAGUAUGCGUCACUACUCGGUGCUUAAUCAAAGAGAAGAUACUGAUGCCCUUUUGGAUGAUGAGGAUGAACCCCCACUGGACUUGCGCUCAGAUGGGAGAAAUGAACAUUUCUCUCGUGAUGAUUCUAUGCUUGAUCUUGGCACUGGAAGCCACCUUGUGAUGGUGACAGGAAGUGGUGGAGGAGAUUCUGCGGAAAGUUGUUAAUAUGUUAAAAUAUUUUGCAGGUUUUCUUCCUGCUAAAUGACCAAGAAAUGUUGCAAAUUUGAUUUACUGUUAUUUAUUGUGUGUGAAAUUUUGGGGGACAAGAAUUUAAUUUCCCCCUCAUUUGUAUAGUUUUAUGUACAGUUGUAUUAAGCAGUGUAAGCAAAGAAUCUGAUUUUAAGAAUCUCUCCUUCAUAUGUUCAAGUCAAGCCUAAUACUGAAGGAUUUUUUUCCCCUCAACAUGUUUCAAGUAAGCUGCAAAGAGGUCUUUAAAUGUUUUUCAUUUAUCUGCUAGAUCUGUAUUCAGACUUUUUUUUUUCCAAAGUCCCCAAUGGGUUACGUGGAUAGCCAAGAUGUAAAAGACUUUAAUUGAGCAUUGCAUCAAAAGAAUUACAUAUUCAUAUUUUAGUUCUAAAUUUACAGAAACGUAGGUUCUAAUCAUUCCUAUGAAUUUAUCAGUAUAUUCAAAUACACAUGUAUGACUAUUAAGAAAUGAAUAUUUGUCAUCAGUCACUUAACCAAGGAUAUCACAUUGACAAAAAGCUAUAACCUUUGAGGUAAAAAUGGUUUGAUAAAUUCAUGCAAGUGUUUACAAGCAAUUAUUUACAAUAUUCCAGUGAGGACUUUUAAGCACCAUUCCUUUGCAGCCAGUUUUUUUUUUAAUUGUGCAUUUUGUUGCCAAGAUAUUUGUAUAGAUAGCGGAACACUUUUUUGAACCCGCAAGAGACAAAAGUGGUGCCGAUGAAUUAUGUCUUUAUUUUAGACUUAUUUCUUGCCAUACUAUCACCAAGGGGGCCUGUUUUGGAUUGUCUGCGUGUACAUCCCAUUGAAUGUGUUUUCAUACAUCAUCGCUUUUAUCACAGUUCAGCUGUUGUUGGGCAAUGGUAUGUAAAUAUCUAAUCAGAUGAGUUCUAAUGUUUUGCAUGAAAGAUUAUUUUUAUGCAAGAUAUUACUUGAAAAAUAAAAUCAGCUAAAAAUUUGCACAGAGCUUUCUGCUUAAUGAAGUGCUAGGUAGAAAAUCAUUAUGGUCAGAGCUAAUGCACUGUGGCAUUACAGUUGGCAACAUGGAAACAAGCAUCUUUAGUGCAAUUCUAGGAACUGGUUGGACAAACUCAUGUUUUGUACCUAAUUUGUCGACAGAUAAAGAAAAAUAAAGCUUUUACAAUCGUUUA